AUGUCUCAAAAGCAGCUGAAGGAAGCUUUUGUCAGUAACCUCAGUGGGACCAGUGUUCUGGAAGUGACCCAGGGCCUGUGCUUUCCUGCGUUCUGUAUCCUGUGUAGAGGCCUUCUGAUCAUUUUCUCACAGCAUUUGUGCUCUUUCUUGCACACCUGGACCACACAAUUCUUCAUGGACUUUGUUGUCUUGAUAGUCCCCCUAGUGAUCACUCUGACUGUAUUGUCUUCCUUUAUCCUCCUUGAGAAUCUCACUGUGAUUGUCUGUGGGGCGUGGCUGUUGUAUCAGAUAUACCACAGGAGGACUUGCUAUGCCAAAGUACCUGUCCAGAAAGUCUUUGCAAGCUUCUUGAAAAUCAGCCUAGAAUCAGAGUACAAUCCAGCCAUCACCUGUUACCGGGUCAUUAACAGUGUAUUUACUGCUAUUGCCAUUUUGGCUGUGGAUUUCCCACUUUUCCCUAGAAGAUUUGCCAAAACUGAACUUUAUGGGACAGGAGCAAUGGAUUUUGGAGUAGGUGGCUUUAUUUUUGGGGCUGCAAUGGUUUGCCCAGAGGUUAGAAGGAAAUAUACAGAAGGGUCUAGAUUUAAUCAUCUUAGAAAAUCGCUGUAUUCUGUCUGGCCAUUAGUCUUCUUAGGAAUGGGAAGGUUAGUCAUUAUAAAAUCCAUAGGCUACCAGGAACAUUCAACUGAGUAUGGAGUUCACUGGAAUUUUUUCUUUACCAUCAUAGUUGUGAAAUUAAUAACAUCACUGCUUUUGAUUAUUUUUCCUUUAAAUAAGUCAUGGAUUGUGGCCAUCAGCAUUACUGUGUUGUACCAGCUUGCCCUUGACUUUACUCCACUCAAGGGGAUAAUUUUGUAUGGCACUGAUGGCAGGGGCACAAGAGUUGGCUUAUUAAAUGCUAACCGAGAGGGAAUAAUUUCCACCUUGGGGUAUGUGGCAAUAUACAUGGCUGGUGUACAAACAGGAUUUUAUGUGUUCAAGAGAAGAGCACAGGUCAGAGACUGGAUAAAAGCUACUUGUUGGGUAUUCUCGGUGGCUGUUGGCUUCUUCAUUUCUCUUAAUAUAGUGCAAGUAAACGUAGAAGCAGUAUCUCGAAGAAUGGCCAAUUUAGCCUUUUGUCUGUGGGUGGUUGCCUCCAGCCUGAUGCUGCUUAGUUGUCUGUUACUGAGUGGUAUCGUUUUGAGUUUUGCCAAAUUUCUAAUUAAAGGGGCUCUAGUUCCAUGUUCUUGGAAACUUAUACAGUCUGCUACUACAAAUAGACAGUCUGAAUCUCUAAUCGUAGAAGCUGAAAAGAACAAACCCAGUUUUUGUUUGAUCACAGCUCUGAACAGAAACCAGUUGUUUUUUUUCUUACUGUCAAAUGUAGCAACUGGUCUGAUUAACCUGACGGUGGAUACAUUACACACUGGUGCCUUUUGGACCUUAGCUGUGCUUAGUAUUUAUAUGUUUGCCAACUGCUUAGUUAUAUAUGUACUUGACUUACAAGGUAAAACCAUAAAGUUCUGGUGA